AUGCUUGACAAUUUUAUAAAAAUUCUUAUCAUCUUACUAAGUUUAUUUACUAAUUUUAUAUCUGUCAAUGGAUUUUCAACAAAAUUACGAAGUUGGGAUGAUGUUUAUGGUUAUGAUGCUAUAUGGAAUUCACCUGGGGAAAAGGAAUAUACAUUAAAUGAAAGAACUUUAAAUAAUAAUGCAUCUAAAUACAUUCAAAGUAAAAAUAAACAAACGAAGCUGAAAAAUCAAGGUUUUGCUGAUAAUUUAAUGCUAAUCGAUGGUGCAUCAAAAAAUGAAGGUACCGUAUUAGUUAAUCGACAUGGCAAAUGGGGUACAAUAUGCGACGAUAACUGGACAUUGAAAGAGGCAAAUGUAAUAUGUCGUAUUCUAGGCUUUCCAUAUGCUUUACAAGCUACAACAAGAGAUUAUUUCUUUUCUAAUGGCGAAUAUGAUUAUUUACUGGAUGAUGUCUAUUGUAAAGGAACUGAAUCCUAUUUAAAUGAAUGUGUUUAUUGGACAGAACAUGAUUGUUUAAAACGAGAAGAAGCUGGUGUUAUUUGUCUUAAUCCUGAACCAAUUAAAUGGCAAUAUAAUGUUAGGAAUCCUCAAAUUGAAAAAUUGUCUAUUACUGAUAUUAAAAGGAUGAAACAGCAAAUAUUUUGGUCUGAGCUGGAAACAUUUGAAAGCAGUAAUCUUUUUAUUGUCAAGGCUAGAGUUCCACAAGGUAGAAAUCGACGAAUGGUUAUUGGAGCUAUUUGUGUCGACCAGUUUCGUGGAGCUGAAGCGAAUGUAGCAUGUCGAAGCAUGGAUUAUUCAUUUGCUUCAUCAUAUUCUUCAGUUCCACUGAAAAACGUGAAGACUUUUACCAUACCUUAUCCGGUUGUACGAAUCGGGCAUUGUUUUGGAAAUGAAUCAAAAUUAGAAGAUUGUGUUGCAUUCACUGAUCCAAACGGAGUACCAUGUUCAAAUAAUAGUUUGGGAAUAGUAGUAAACUGUUCAACAGUUUUAGCUGAUUUGGAACCAGAUGUUAAAGCAUUGGAAUCUUCAGCUUACAGUAGUAUGAUUCCUUUAUUUCAAGCACAAUGUGCUUUAGAAGAAAACUGCUUUCCUCCGAGUGUUUAUAAUUUGAUUAACAGAAAUCGACAUUUAGCGUUGAUGCAUAUGCGUCGUUUAUUGCGUUUUUCUUCAAUUAUACACAAUGUUGGAACUGAUGUCUUUCGUCCACAUGAACCGCCUGAACGAUGGGUAUGGCAUGCAUGCCAUAUGCAUUAUCAUAGUAUGAAAGUAUUCUCUUAUUAUAAAGUUAUCAAUGCAAAGCAACAAAUUAUGGCUGUUGGUCAUAAAGCUAGUUUUUGUCUAGAAGAUAAUGCUUGUAAAAAUGGAUAUAAAAAACAUUUUGUUUGUUCAACCACACUAGUAACACGUGGGGAUCAAGGUAUUAGUCCUGGAUGCCAAGAUAAUUAUUUCCACGAUUAUGAUUGUCAAUGGUUAGAUAUUACCGAUCUAAUUCCAGGUGAAUAUACAUUUCAAUUGAUUUUAAAUCCAGACUUCUUAGUACCCGAAAUUACUUACAAGAACAAUGCCAUAGAAUGUCGUCUAUCUAUAGGACAUACAAAUCAUCAUUAUGCCGCAUUAUCAAAGUGCCAUUUGGUACAUCCGUAUGAUCUGUGA